AACCACUGUGGCGCACAGUGAUAUAAUACUUUGGUGUUUUCACGGCGGUGGACAGUCCCAUUAAAAUCUGCGCCUGACACGGGAAAUAAAACACUUGGAGCGAUGCGUAAAAUCACUUUUGUCCGGACGCGCACGGUUUAACCCGCAAGCUGCGACUUUUGAAGGAUGUUUCGGAGAUGGCCUGAACUUUUUUUUUCUCCCCCACUAACUCUUCUCUUCUGCACCCUGCGGUUUUAGGAGCAGUAGGAGGACUCGGGGCAUGCUGCGCGUAGAAACGAGCUCGGGUUGAUCCCAGUCUGGAUUUCCCUACUUUUGUUUUCCUGUGUUCCCGGGUCAGGGAGGAGAUGAAAGCUCAGGAUGGGACUGUGCCUCGGUACCGAAGUUACAGAGGAGGAGAAGAAGGCGAGGAUACACAGUGCCAAGAUAGACAGAGACCUGUACGAGUACGCCAAACGGGACAUGAAUGUGGUUAAAAUACUCCUACUAGGUGCAGCAGAGAGCGGCAAAAGCACUUUGGUCAAACAGAUGAAGAUCAUCCACAGCAAUGGAUUCACCAAGCAAGAGCUCACCAGCUUCAAGCCUGCAGUACUGGAUAACCUCUUGACCUCCAUGAAGUUUGUACUCCACGGUAUGGGCGUCCUUCGCAUCAACCUGGCUAACAGCAGGAACAAGGUUCACGCCCAUUCUGUCCUGUCUUGCGGGCGAUGUUUUGAUGAGGAACAGGUGCUGUUUCCUUUUCUGAGCCAUGCCCUGUCCUAUCUGUGGGCCGACCAGGGGGUGAGGGCCGCGGUGGCCCGGGGAUUCGAGUAUGAGCUCAAUGACUCAGCGCUGUAUUUCUUCGAGAACAUGAGCCGCAUCACGUCACCAGACUACGUGCCCACGGAGACAGAUGUUCUGCGAGUACGACUGAGGACAACAGGCGUGAUAGAGACCCAGUUCAAAGUCAACCACCUCAUUUUCAGGAUGUACGACGUUGGAGGCCAGCGCACUGAGCGGAGGAAGUGGAUUGGAUGUUUCGAGGACGUCAGGGCAGUGCUUUUCGUGGUGUCGCUAAGCGGUUACGAUAUGACCUUGGUGGAAGACCCCGCCAUGAAUCGUCUGCAGGAGAGCUUGAAGCUGUUCUCCUCCAUCUGCAACAACGUCUUCUUCCGCAGCACAUCCAUGAUUUUAUUCAUGAACAAGAUAGACCUCUUUCAAGACAAGAUUCUACACUCUGGGCGACACCUGAGGUUAUACCUGCCACAGUUUAAAGGUGCGGACUGUGACGUGGAUUCGGCCGCCCGAUUCAUCGCCGCCACCUUCGUCUCGCUCAACGCCACGCCCAGCAAACUCAUCUACCAUCAUUUCACCACGGCGACCGACACCUCCAACGUCCAGGUAGUCUUCCAGGUCGUUAUGGACACGAUAAUCAAAGAGAACCUGGAGGCAGUGUCGCUCCUGUAGCCGCCGCAGACUGACACCUCGCUGGACAGUCGGUGCCUGUCGACCUUUGGAUGUGACACAACAGACACUUUUUUAAAAAAAGACUAAAUAGCCAAAAAGGCAUCGAACAGAACAUGAAGAUCAUCUCAUCCAAACUCAUUCUCUCUUUUCUCUCAUAUAAGGUGCUGCUUUGGCAUUCUGAUGCUCCUCUCCACUGUUGCAUUUCAUCUUCUGUGAUGCUUUCUGUCUAUAAAAACUGCAACACUUGAUUUCAUGUAGCUUUGAAAAAAAAACAUUGAAGGAGAAGACCUCUCAGCUAUUUUUUGUCUUUGGGGUUGUGUCCUAAAGUUUGAAAUUCUUGUAUUGAGGAUGAUGGGCAUUUAUAUUUUUGUACUGUACCUUAAAACCCAAAUCAGACUAUGAACAGUGAUACUUCUUUUUUGAAAGCUUGAAAUACAAUCAUGCCAUUUUGCCUGUGUGGGAAGGACACAGAGGGAGUGACGAUUUACUGUUUGUCCGUUAAGUCCUCUGUGUAGGAUUCACUCAUGCAUACCAUUGCAUGUUUUCCACUCAUCCAUCACAGUGUCUCCGCUGUGUACAUCCUGUGCGUCACACCCUCCUAAUGAGCCGGUGAUCACUGUAAAAGCACCCCAGUUUGUGUUUACUCGUCAUCCACACUCCAUUCAUUUUAAUCUGCGCCUUUGCUUGUUCACCUGAUGCUCACCAGUCAUUGAUGACGCUGGAAACCUGCAAUAAUAAUUAGAAAUGGGAAAUAUGUAUAUAAAGAAACUUACAAAUGAUAUC